AUGGGAUUGCUCUUCGUACUCCUAACUAUAUCCAUCUUUUCAUCUCCAUCCGUUACUACUUCUUCUUCCUCAAAACCAGAAGCAGAAGCCCUGCUCAAAUGGAAAACCAGCUUCAUCAACCAAAACAAUCCUCUAAUAUCUUCAUGGUCGUCACUCCUUCACCAAAACACAACCACUGCACCAUGCACCUGGUAUGGUGUUCGUUGUGAUGAUCGUUUGAAUGUAAAACAACUCAACCUUUCGUCUUCAAGGCUAAAUGGUACACUUAAUUAUUUCAUGUUUUCAUCCUUCACUAGUCUUACACAUCUAGACCUCAAAACAAAUGACAUUUCCGGUGGCAUCCCACCUGAGAUCACCUAUCUUUCUAAACUCCUCUUUCUCGAUCUUUCCGGUAAUCAUUUUUCUGGUACAAUCCCCCCCGAAAUAGGAUUGUUAACGAGUCUCGAGACCCUUCGAUUGAACCAGAACCAGUUUAGCGGUUCAAUCCCUGCAUCUUUAGGGAAUUUGACCAAAUUGAUUUAUCUUCGUGCGGAUGACAAUAAGUUAACUGGUUGUAUUCCUCAAGAGAUGGGAAAACUAGCCAAUCUCGUGAACGUCAAUAUUUCCUUCAACUUCCAAAAAGGACCCAUUCCAGCUAUCCUAGGAACCCUAACCAACUUGUCUACUUUGUACCUUUACCAAAACAAUCUUUCGGGUCCAAUCCCUCCUUCGUUAGGAAAUCUGACCUCCUUAACGAUCUUGUCUGUAUAUAUGAACCAACUUUCGGGUCGAAUUCCAGAUGACUUAGGAAAAAUGAAGUCUCUAAUUGUGUUAAUGAUAGGCCAUAAUAAGUUCACUGGUUCCAUUCCUGUUUCACUUAGCAACCUGACCAAGUUAGAGAUCCUUGAUGUUCAUGAAAACUUGCUUUCGGGUUUCAUCCCACCACAACUCGAAAAACUGGAUUCACUAAUUGAACUUUCCUUCAGCCACAACGAGUUUAGCUGUCAAAUCCCGGCUUCACUUGGAAACCUUAGCAAGUUGGAACAGUUGUACCUUAAUGACAACCUGCUAACUGGUUUCAUUCCUGAAGAGUUGGGGAACAUGAACUCUCUUGUUGAGAUUUACGUGGUCGAGAAUCGGCUCGAAGGUCAAAUCCCAUAUUCAAUUGGUAACCUCAGAAAUUUGGAGAUAUUUGUGCUUCAUGACAACCAAUUUUCGGGUUUUUUCCCAGAAACGAUAAGCCAUUGUGAAAAACUGAGAUAUUUGACUUUAAGUAAUAACUCGGUCAUGGGUCCAGUCCCUCAAUCGGUUUGCAACUUGAAAUCCCUUCAGAUUCUUGACCUGGGGAAUAACCGGUUUAGUGGUGUGCUUCCUCAAUGUUUGGGUAAUUUCAGCAGCAACCUCCAAGUGUUGGAUCUCCGGUUGAAUGGCUUCCGUGGAAACAUUCCUGCAACAUUCGAUCAAAAUAACGACUUAAGGAGUCUGAACUUGAACAGCAAUCGACUGCAAGGCUCAGUUCCCUGGGAUUUGAUCAAAUGUAGGAAACUGGAAGUUUUAGAUUUGGGAAACAACAUGCUAACGGGAACAUUCCCUCACUGGGUGGAUACGCUUCCAGAGCUUCAAGUUCUGGUCUUGCGAGGUAAUAAACUCAAGGGCACUUUAGACAAUUCCAACAACAAAACGCCGUUUCCAAAGAUGCGAAUUCUUGACCUGUCCAGCAAUGAAUUCAGUGGGAAUUUGCCGAAAAAUUACUUCAAGAACUUUAAAGCGAUGAUGGGUGUAAAUGGAGACUCAUCUGGACCACUGUACAUGGGACGAAAUUCGUCUAUGUCCAUGUAUCAAGACAAAUUGGUGCUAGUGGUGAAGGGAUCGAGACGCGAACUGGAGAGAAUCCUUGUCGUCUACACCACAAUAGAUCUUUCGGUUAAUAAAUUCCAAGGAGAAAUUCCGGAUACCAUCGGAAGAUUAAGUUCACUGCUGCUCCUGAAUCUAUCCCAUAACAGUCUCACGGGAGGAAUUCCGAUACACCUGAGAGAUCUUAGAGUGCUCGAGUCUUUAGAUCUCUCAUCGAACAAGAUGGUAGGUAAAAUUCCUUUAGAACUAAAGACUUUGACAUUCCUUUCGGUCGUAAACUUUUCCCAAAAUCAGUUUCAAGGAAGCAUACCUGAAGGUAGACAGUUUAAUACGUUUGGGAACAAUUCAUAUGAAGGGAACAUGGGGUUAUGUGGAUUCCCUUUGACAAAGAGCUGUGGAGAUGAUGAGGUGUCAUCAUCUCCGAUACCGAUUGAAGAUGAUGAUGACGACGACUCCGGUUUCUUUAAUGGAUUUACUUGGGAAUCUGUGGCUUUGGGAUAUGGAUUUGGGAGUGUAAUUGGAUUGGGUAUUGGAUGGCUUAUGUUUCGCUAUGGAAGGCCUAGAUGGGUUAUUAGGAUUGUGGAAAGAGAACGAUUUAGACAAGAAAGAAAAGCAAUGAAGACUCCUCAGGUUGAAGUAUGGGCAACCAGUAGACGGAAAAAGCUUUCUCAAGUUUCUCAUGUAAAUUUUACAAUGUCUUUUUGA